CCAUUUUUGCCAUUCAGUUGAAGCGUGGAUUUUUAGUCGUACGUUCAUUUGUUCGUCCGAGUCCUGAAAAAUGCAUAUCAAGUGGAUUUUCUUAUUCGGUUGUCUAAUAUUUUUCCUGAGCAACUGUGAAAAUGUCUUGGUGAGGCGAACAACGAGAGGUGGAAAUAGUGGCAACAGUAUAAGGAAUCGUAGUGGCUAUUCGCCAAAACAAGGCUCUGUGGUGAGCUCUUCGAAAGGUACCAACUAUUAUAGAGGAACCACUCGAUAUCAACCAAGGCUGGCCUCAGCACCUCCUCCGCCUCCACCACCACCACCUCCUCCGGCGGCGUUACAUGGCGGUAAUUAUAGAAGACCAGGAAAUAAACGACCAAUACAACCGAUUGCUAAGCCCAUGGUUGCGAGUCCCGCCAUAACCAAAAUUGGAGUCGUUCCCACUUUCCACAGUGCACCGAAAUUUAAUGCCUCUCGUCCCCUAUACACAGCUCAGCAUGGCAAUGGACGUCGUAAUAAUACCCAACAAUGGUCUCAAACGAAAGUUAAUGCCUCUCGUCCCCUAUACCCAGCUCAGCAUGGCAAUGGACGUCGUAAUAAUACCCAACAAUGGCCUCAAACGAGAAUCAAUACAAAUGCCACUAGCUUUGGCGGCAAUGUACGGCGCAAUAAUACUCAGCAAUGGCCCCAAAUGAGACCCAGACGUGUUGGCAGCAAUUAUCGGAAUACCAGUCUCAACGCUUUUCCCUACAACACUCGGCCAAAUAUGAACUUCACCAGAAAUGCAACACAUAUUGGAGCCGGUGGCAGGUCUUCUACCCCAGCUCAAGUGACAACCAAUGAAAUUAUACCAAAGGUCUUUGUUGGCAGUCAAAAUUCAGCCCCUCCUCCUUCAAAUCCCAGUGUAAACAUAAACGUCAAUGUACCCGGCAAUGGACAGCAGAAAAAUCCGGAAAAGUCGAAUAAAAAAACGAAUUGGGUAUCGCAGGCCUGGAAGGGUAUCAAGGAUAAAUUCAAUUCAAACCCCAAAAAGGAAACUCGCACAACAAUCACCCACAGCUUGGCGAAGGGUCCGUCAAAUCAUGUCGUUGAAACAUUUGCCGAUUGCAGCUGGGACGACGUGAACGCAGAUGUGCGACUAGCUGGCACUACGAAAUCCGCCCAGAAGUCCAUCACAAAUAAAAUCCUCAUUUUCUCCGGCUGUGCUGUGUUAGUUUUGUUGGCGGUCAGCCUGAUUGCCUACUUCUAUGCUCGUAAUCGCCGAUCGGCGGAUUUGAAUUGAAAUAAGUUGUCAAUAUGAUUUUAUUUUAUUAUAUACUAAUGUUUGCAAAAAAAUAUACAAAAAUAAAAACAUAA